CUGUACUUCCGGUAUGGCCCAGUAGCGGGAUCGCUUGGCUUCCGCGUUCGGGCCUGUCGCUGUGGUAGAGGCUGCGGCGGCCGGGGUGGCCGGUAGGGACUUGGGCUACACGAGUAGGGGGCUCCGGGCAUGGACGUUUCGGGACAGGAAACCGACUGGCGUAGCGCCGCCUUUCGGCAGAAGCUGGUCAGCCAAAUUGAGGAUGCCAUGAGGAAAGCUGGUGUGGCCCACAGUAAAUCUAGCAAGGAUAUGGAGAGUCAUGUGUUCCUGAAGGCCAAGACCCGGGAUGAAUAUCUUUCCCUUGUGGCCCGACUCAUUAUCCAUUUCCGAGAUAUUCAUAACAAGAAAUCCCAAGCUUCUGUCAGUGACCCCAUGAAUGCACUGCAGAGCCUUACUGGUGGACCCACCCCAGGAGCAGCUGGGAUUGGCAUGCCUCCUCGGGGCCCAGGACAGUCCCUGGGUGGGAUGGGUGGCCUUGGCGCUAUGGGACAACCGUUGCCCCUCUCCGGGCAGCCACCCCCUGGAACCUCUGGAAUGGCCCCUCAUGGCAUGGCUGUGGUGUCUACAGCAACUCCACAGACUCAGCUGCAGCUCCAACAAGUGGCAUUGCAGCAGCAACAACAACAGCAGCAGCAGCAGCAGUUCCAGCAACAGCAGGCAGCACUGCAGCAGCAACAGCAACAGCAGCAACAGCAGCAACAGCAGUUCCAGGCACAACAGAAUGCCAUGCAGCAACAGUUCCAAGCAGUAGUGCAGCAGCAGCAGCUCCAGCAACAACAGCAGCAGCAGCAGCACCUGAUUAAGUUGCAUCAUCAAAGCCAGCAACAACAGAUACAACAGCAGCAACUGCAGAGGAUGGCACAGUUGCAGCUGCAGCAACAGCAACAGCAGCAGCAACAGCAGGCUUUGCAGGCCCAGCCCCCAAUGCAGCAGCCAUCAAUGCAGCAGCCACAGCCUCCCCCUUCUCAGGCCCUACCCCAGCAGCUGUCACAGAUGCAUCAUCCACAGCAUCAUCAGCCACCACCUCAGGCUCAGCAGUCCCCUGUUGCUCAGAACCAACCACCACAACUCCCACCACAGUCACAGAGCCAGCCUUUGGUGUCACAAGCACAAGCCCUCCCUGGACCGAUGCUGUAUGCUGCCCAACAGCAGCUGAAAUUUGUCCGUGCUCCGAUGGUGGUCCAGCAGCCGCAAGUGCAGCCCCAGGUGCAGCAGGUACAGCCCCAGGUGCAGCCGCAGGCGGCAGUGCAGACAGCACAGUCUGCCCAGAUGGUAGCUCCCGGCGUUCAGAUGAUUGCUGAAGCCUUGGCCCAAGGCGGGAUGCACGUAAGAGCCCGGUUCCCGCCCACCUCCACCAUGUCUGCUGGCCCGUCAAGCUCCAUCUCUUUGGGCGGACAGCCCACAACACAGGUCAGCCAAAGCAGCCUCACCAUGCUGUCCUCACCGUCACCAGGCCAGCAGGUGCAGACCCCGCAGUCAAUGCCCCCUCCCCCACAGCCAUCCCCACAACCUGGCUCACAGCCCAACUCUAAUGUCAGCUCCGGCCCUGCCCCAUCUCCAAGCAGCUUCCUGCCUAGCCCCUCACCACAGCCUUCUCAGAGCCCAGUGACAGCACGUACCCCACAGAACUUCAGCGUCCCUUCCCCUGGACCUUUAAACACCCCUGUGAACCCCAGCUCUGUCAUGAGCCCAGCUGGCUCCAGCCAGGCUGAGGAGCAGCAGUACCUGGACAAGCUGAAGCAACUGUCCAAGUACAUCGAGCCCCUGCGACGCAUGAUCAACAAGAUCGACAAGAAUGAAGACAGAAAAAAGGACUUAAGUAAGAUGAAGAGCCUGCUGGACAUUCUCACCGAUCCCUCUAAGCGGUGUCCCCUGAAGACCCUGCAGAAGUGUGAGAUUGCCCUAGAGAAGCUCAAGAAUGACAUGGCAGUGCCUACACCCCCACCACCCCCAGUUCUUCCAACCAAACAGCAGGACCUGUGCCAACCACUCCUAGAUGCAGUCCUGGCCAACAUCCGUUCACCUGUCUUCAACCAUUCCCUGUACCGCACAUUUGUGCCAGCCAUGAUGGCCAUCCAUGGCCCACCUAUCGUGUCCCCAGUGCUGUGUUCCCGGAAGCGCAGGUUGGAGGAGGAUGAGCGGCAGAGCAUACCCAAUGUGCUGCAAGGUGAAGUGGCAAGGCUGGAUCCAAAGUUCCUAGUGAACUUGGACCCUUCUCACUGCAGCAACAACGGUACUGUCCACCUGAUCUGCAAGCUGGAUGACAAGGACCUCCCUAGUGUGCCACCACUGGAGCUCAGUGUGCCUGCUGACUACCCUGCCCAGAGCCCUAUGUGGAUCGACCGUCAGUGGCAAUAUGGUAGAUGCCAACCCCUUUCUGCAGUCAGUGCACCGGUGCAUGACCUCCAGGCUGCUGCAGCUCCCCGACAAGCACUCAGUCACAGCCCUGCUCAACACCUGGGCCCAGAGCAUCCACCAGGCCUGCCUCUCAGCUGCCUAGCAAACUGGAACUUCAGGACUGCCAGCAGCCCUUCUGGCUGAAGAUCUCACACCGCCUACCAGACAUUACUAGGUGUUGGUUUCUUAGAGGGCCUGGGUUAGGUUAGCUUCCCUGCUUUUACCUUCUGUCUUGGGGACCUGCCAGCUGUCUCCCCAUUCUUGUGCAGUACUGACUGAGCAGCCGUGGAACUGGCUGCAUGAGGGCCAGGGGGUUCCCCAGAAGGUUUUCCAUUGGUUUGGUUUGUUUGGUUAUUUUUUUGGUUUCUGUUUUUCCAGAGGUCAGGCCCCACACUUCCUACAGCCAUGCUUCCUACAGCCUUUCUGGGCUUCCAUGUCCACUCAGCAGCAUGAGAACUCAGGGUCCCAUCAAAGCAUCUCCGUGUUGCAAUACAUUGUACUCAUAUCUGGAGAAUGUGGAGGACAUAGGAAACCCUCACUAUACAUACAAUUCUCCAGUCACACUAGGGUUCAGGCUGUGCCUCCUAAGGCAUGUGGACACAUCACAAGAAUACGUCUGAAUCCAGGGCACAGAUUUCAGUCUGGAAGAAAGGCCAAUACGGCAUCCACAGGUUCUCUGCCACCAGCAGGACCUCCACUUUAUGGGCUUCCUCACAGGCAUGUGAGGAGGAGAGCCAGCUGGGGCAGGGGGCUGACCCUGACAUUCCUGCACCAAUCUUGGGUGAAGGGCUGUCAGUGCUGUGAGGCACAGGCAGCUAGCCAGAUACUGUCAUUGGGACCCGCCAGCCUCAACACCAUACUCUCUUAUUCUCUGUACCACCACCAAGAGUGGGUUUCCUUCAGAAUGCUGCCAGAUGGCACUUGCCACACUGGGCAGCAAUGGGGAGCACUCUGGUGAAAAUAAAUUCCCCUUUUUAUAUGUGCACUACUCUGUCAUAUGAUUCUUAUAAUAAAUUUAUUAUUCCUGUG